AUGUCCAACACCGAGACCAGGUCAUAUGUGCCGGUGAAGAAGGUUCAAGCCGAUUACCCCCUCAUCGACAGCGAUCCCCAUUUUAAGAGAGUGUGGAGAUAUGCGCGACCUUCAGAUUAUGCAUCAGGCGCCGGAUGGGCAGCUUUAGGACCGAUCAUCAUGCUUGCAUGGGAAAGAGUUGCGCCAGCGGGAGCAGGAAAGGGAGCGUUCCCUCCUAUUAUGCGCUUAACUGGUGCUAUCAGCGUCGGUGCAGGGCUCUUGCUCACGUAUCAGUCAUCACUACUGCGAUUUUACGGCUUCAAAGAGAAUCAGCGGGAGAUCGAUAUGGAUAUGAAGGAAAUGGUGUCGAAAGUCAAGGCCGGCGAGCCACUAUAUGGCACAUCAACCCUGACCCCAUACAUGCAGGGUGUAGCCAGCAGAAACUCGAGAUACACAGGUGUUUUCCUACACGUCAUUCCAUGGUUCAACUUUGUCAAUCACAACCAACACGGUGUUGAUACAGCGAAGUACUAUCAGCAGGCUGAGAGAGAAUUAGAAGCUGAGAAGACCGGGAAGGGGCUUCAAGGUUGA